AUGCUCAAGGCGUGCGGAAUCUUUACUAAUCACAUCAGAAACAUGUCUCACAACCAAAUCUACGACGUUAUCGUCAUUGGCUCCGGAUUGGCCGGACUCACCACCAGCGUCAAGCUACUGGAAGGUGGCUUGAAAGUGGCUGUCGUUGAAAAAGCCGAGAAAAUGGGCGGAAACUCCAUCAAGGCCUCGUCGGGCAUAAACGGUGUUCCCACCAUUUAUCAAAGAAAGGACGAGAAGGAUUCAGUGGAGGAAUUCUACAAAGACACAAUUCGGUCGGGAAAAGGGUUGUGUGUUGAGACUUUGGCGAAAACUUUAUCUCUGGACAGUGCCAAGGCCAUUCUGUGGUUGUCGGAGGAGUGUAACGUCGAUUUAUCAGUCGUAGCACGUUUGGGAGGCCAUUCAUUUGCACGUACGCAUCGUGGCAGUGGAAAUUUGCCUCCUGGAUUUGCUAUUGUGUCCACCCUUAUCAAGAGAUUGCAGCUGUCGGAGAGUGUGCUGGUCCUCACUCAGACACGAUUUGUAGACUUCAUCAAGAACAAAAACGAAGUUGUUGGUAUUGUUGCUCAGAAAGAAAACGAGCCCGUCCAUGAAUUGAGGGCAAAAAAUAUCGUCCUUGCUACAGGUGGAAUCUGUGCCGACUUGACUGGACCCGACUCCAUGAUCAAGCGCUUCAGACCGGAUCUUUUAGAUUAUCCUCAAACAAACUCACCAUUGACUACAGGAGAUGGUCAAAAAAUUGCCGAGUCGUCGUUGGGUGCCAAUUUGAUUCAAAUGGACCAAAUUCAGGUCCACCCAACAGGUUUCAUCCAAUUGAAAGGGCCCGAGCAAAUAGCCAGCAAGUCCAAAUUCUUGUGUGGUGAGCUUAUCAGAAGUAUCGGUGGUAUUCUUCUCUCUCCAUUAACAGGAAAGCGUUUUGUCAACGAAUUGACUACUAGAGAUGAAGUGACCAAGGCUGUCUUGAACUCUUGUGGUGAACCACCGGUGGCCGCCAUUGUAGUCAGCGAAGAAGACUACGAGAAAGCUAAAUCCCACAUCGGAUUUUACAUGUCUCAGCUGCUUAUGUUCAAGGGCACCUCGAGCGACUUAGUCGAGAAGUUUAAAGAAAUUAUACCAUCUUUGACCACUCUGCCAUCGGCGUUUGACGCGGGCUUAUCCGAGUUCAAUGGCAAUAUUGAGAACGACCACUUUAAAAGAAGUCACUUUGGUACAGUAGUUGGCGAGACCUUCUAUUUUGGUUUCAUCACCCCUGUUCUCCACUUCUCCAUGGGUGGCAUUGAAACCAAUAGCGCCAGUCAAGUGUCGACCAAAGAAGGUGUCACCUUACCCAAUGUUUUCGCAAUUGGUGAGGUCAGUGGAGGAGUUCAUGGCGCCAACAGGUUGGGUGGAAGCUCCUUAUUGGAAUGUGUGGUCUUCGGCACUAGAGUAGCAGAACAUAUCCUAGGAGAUGCUAAGAAUUAA